UGUGCUUGAAGCUUGUUUAUAGCUACUAAAAGCAUCUGGUUGAGGUGCAGCUUGCUAAGGGAUAUUUAACCAAAUAUUACAUUUGACUCCUGUAUGUAUGCUUUUGACCCUUUAUGGAUUUAGAGAAAAUGCUAAACACAUUCAAACUUUUGCACCAAAUUCUUGUUGUUUAAAUACAUUAAAGAUUCGCAAUCAUUCCAUUAACAUUAUUAUAAUUAUGAUGAUGAUAAUCGCUGAGCUGUAUUAAGCUGUUGUGUAACCACAGAAAAGUGGUAACACUGAGCAGACAUGGAGCAGGGUGCACCCGGAGCUGAGUAGUAUAAUUCAGGGACGCACACGCCCACAGAGCAUCUGCAGCAUUGUGCUGCAGCCAUGCGCUGCCCUCCUCUGAUCCAGGGACAGCUUGAAUACCGGCAGCAUGGAGCACAUGUCCUCUCCCGUCAGAUUUCGCAGCAAUAAAAAAGUUGUCCAGUCUGUCCAUAAGGGACCAGGAGGACAUGCAGUAUCCUUAUGCCAUGAGGGAUUUGCCUCUCAUGUCUCACUCUGGUGAACAGCACCAGAGACCAGGCCACUAUGGAGCAGAAGGCAUUGGGAGCCCCAUCAAUGGGAGACACCUCAGCCUUCCUGGGACUCCCUCUCUGGUCCGCACCAUCCCCUUCCACCCCGGUGGCUCUCCAGCAGUCCCUCCCAGACAUAAUCACAUGGGACUGGAUCCAGAAUUUCAGCAGCUACCGCUGAGGAGGCAGAUUGUUUCUCAGGUGUCUCUGGACUCGCCGCUCAGCCCUUCCAUGCGCCCACGUAGCCCCUGGGGACGCUUCGACCCCUACGACUCUCCUGAGGAUCAGGACAAGGAGUACGUAGGUUUUGCCACAUUACCAAACCAGGUCCACAGAAAAACUGUGAAGAAAGGCUUCACAUUCACACUUAUAGUCGCAGGGGAGUCCGGUCUCGGUAAAUCCACACUAAUCAACAGUUUGUUCCUCACGGAUCUUUACAAGGACAGAAAAGUUCCCAAUGCUGAAGAGCGGAUCAGUCGAACAGUCGCCAUCAUCAAACACACCAUUGGCAUUGAGGAGAAAGGAGUCAAACUGAGGCUCACCAUCAUAGACACGCCAGGGUUCGGAGAUGCCGUCAACAACACAGAAAGCUGGAGGCACAUAGAAGACUACAUCGACCAGCAGUUUGAACAGUACUUCAGAGACGAGAGCGGGCUGAACAGAAGAAACAUUCAGGACAACAGAGUCCACUGCUGCCUCUACUUUAUCUCACCAUUCGGACAUGGCCUUCGACCUCUGGAUGUGGACUGUAUGAGGGCGCUUCAUGAAAAAGUCAACAUAAUUCCUGUGUUGGCCAAAGCUGACAGCCUGACACCAGCAGAGGUCUGCAGAAAGAAGAUGAAGAUCAGAGAGGAGAUCAAGCAGUUUGGGAUAAACAUCUACCAGUUUCCUGAAUGUGAUUCAGAUGAGGACGAAGACUUCAAGACACAGGAACAGAUACUUAAGAACAGCAUCCCAUUUGCUGUGAUUGGGAGUAACGUACAGGUGGAGAGUAAAGGUCGUAAGUUCAGGGGUCGUGUCUAUCCCUGGGGCGUGGUAGAAGUGGAGAACCCGGCUCACUCCGACUUCCUGCUGCUGAGGAACAUGCUGGUGAGGACGCACAUGCAGGAUCUGAAGGACGUGACGCGGGAAAUUCACUAUGAGAACUACAGAGCUCAGUGCAUCCAGAACAUGACUCGCAUGGUGGUGCUGGAGAGGAAACGCAGUUUGCGUGAGAAGUAUCGGGAUGUUAGUGAGGCAGACUUUCCUCUGCCUCUGGCCGUCGCCGACACUGAGAAGGAAAGACUGAUCUAUGAAAAGGAUGAAGAGCUGAGAAAGAUGCAGGAGGUCCUAGAGCGGAUUCAGGAGCAGAUGCAGCACAGCCAUAGAGGUGGCUGCUGAUUCUCACCAUAGAUCCCUGAAACAGGAGCCAGACAAGGAGCACCCAGAGUCACAGAGGAGGCCUUGGCAAUUGGCAAGCUUGAAACUGGGCCUAUUUCUAAUUGUUCUUACUUAGGAUAACUUGCAGUGAGAAUCAUGGCUGGAAUCACGACUUUCCAAAGAUACGAGAAAAGAUUUCAUUGUUUUUUCCAGAUCUAACUCCUGAUCUAAACUCCUAUUCCUAAACGCCUUUAGAAAAGAAAAUUCAUGAACUUUAUUUUAAAACAUUCUACACCUAUUAAGGAUACUGCAAGGACAUGCAAGUCAAAAGCUCAGGGUUGCUGCUUGGGAGCAUCUCAGCAGGAUAACUGAUUUGGACUUUGUGGAAUGAGUCACCCAUUCGAAAAACCAGAGCGCUCCAACUGUUUUAGUCACAUGCUAGUUAAAAAAGGAACACAAAUGGCCUGUAUUUGUACAGCGCUUUACUAGUCCCUAAGGACCCCAAAGCGUUUUACACAAUUAGUCAUCCACCCAUGCACGCACACAUUCACACACUGGUGAUGGCAAGCUACAUUGUAGCAAGUCAGUGUUUUAAAUAGAUUUUAUAGACCAACACUAUUCCAUAUGUAAAUAUAAGAUGUGAUCCAAUGCAAGCAGUCACCCAACUCCUGGAUGUGUGGAAGAAUUGCUCUCCAUUCCUGGAUGAGCAGCCUGCAGCUGUACAAUGAUAAUCGAUUGUUGCUGUUCAAGUUUAUUUAUAUAGCACCAAAUCGCUAUAGCAGUCAAGAUGCUUUUUAUUAUAAGGUAAAGACCUUUCAGUAAUACAGAGAAAACUCCAACAAUCAGAAAACCCUCUAUUAGCAAGCUUUUGGCGACACUGGGAAGGAAAACUCUCUUUAACUGGCGGAACCACACUGAGUGAGGGGCUGGUUUGACUGGUUGGGGGUGCAAAAGGCACACUGAUGAACACACUGACCCAGAAUGUCCCAGACAUGUUUGAUAGGAAACAUAUUGGUGCUAAAUGAUAAGGACGUGUGUGAAAAUGAUCCUGAUCCAGAAAAACCAGCUCUGCCCUGACAUUGUCCUCCUGAACAGCAGGAGGCACCGCUGCCUCUAGUACAGCUUGGAGCACCUCGUCUUCAGACCUCUGUUGCAAAGCAAAGACCGAAAACAUAUUUCACCACAUAAAACUUGCAUUUCUUUUUUAUGAACGGUAGAUUUGUUUCAUUAUCAUGUGAACAUGAUCCCUUUAUCAGCAACCUCGUUAAUGGACCAAAGCUGCCACAAACAAAAUAAAUCAUUCAUUCGGUAAAGAAAUUAUUAAAAAUAAAUGUAGGUAUUAACAAAUAUGUUGAUAUUUAUUUUACUUUUCUUCUGUAUUUAAAUUUGUAAUGAGCCCCUGCACUUCUAAAUUACUGAAAGCAAAAAGGUUAAACCCCUGCAUCUAACACACGAUCACUCUGAUGUGCAGUAGAUGAAAAGUUGCUCCAUCGACCCACUUCGAUCGACAACCUUUCUAAUUUGCAUAAUGAAGCAGAAACACAUUACCAAAAAAAAAAAAAAAAAUUUUUUUUUUUUAUUUUAUGGCGUUUUUAUUUAACAAGUUAUUUGUUUAUUUAAUUUUGAUCAUGGUAGUUUUAGGCCUCCAUAUCAUACUGC